AUGGCCUGUGCAUUACCCCGAGAUAUCCUAGGACGCGCGUAUCACACCGCUACUAUUGCCGCCACUGGCGCUACUGAUACGGCUGGCACCGUGUCCGCUGCUCUCUUCACCGGACUGCACCGCGGAGCUGCGGGGUGGAACCGUGGCGUGACUCGCGUCUGGGCUGCUGCCUUGCACGGGCGUACGAGAGACCGAAGAGGAGGCAGUUUCUACCACCACCCUGUCCGAGCUAUGGCCAGCCUUCAACGAACCUUCGCUGAAGCAGCCUCCCAAGGGAAGCACAAGGAGCCCGCGAAACAUGACGUCAGCGGCGAGAGCGGGGAGGCCGCCAGGCAGGCGCAAGGGGAGCAGAUGAGCGGCGCGGGGGAAGAAACGCGCGCGGAGGGGUCGGAGGAGGUGCGCGCGGAACAGGCGGAGGCGUACGAGAAGGAUAUGGACGACUACGGGUCGGCAUACGCGACGCGGUCGUCGGACGAGGGAUUCGGGCAGAUCUACGGGGAACCCGUGACGCACUUUGGCGUGCGUGGCAGAGUGGGCAAUGCGCCGGCGGCGUGGACGGAGGAGGAAUCGAAGCUGGAUCGUACGAGCGAGCCAGCAGGGCGAGAGGAGUAUGACAGGAGUCAGGGCGCGUCUGUGGGGCAGACGGAGGAGGGGUGGCACGCCAUUCGUGAGAAAGCGAUGACGCAGGAAGUUGAGGGCGGUAGUCAGGGGUUCAAGAGUUGA